CUGACCCGACUGCCGCGUGGCGGCUGCUUGCCCCGCCCACCGCGCUGCCAUUGGAUGGCUCCCGGGAGGGGGCGUGGCUUCGCAGGACCCGGAAGUAGAGCGCGGCGGUGGCGGGUGGGCGGCUCGGGUGCAGAAAUGGACUUUGAAGGACUUAAAAAGUACUCGGCUUUGCAUCCCAAGCCUGCUGGGCUGACUCUUCAGUAUGGCACCGCUGGAUUUCGCAGCAAGGCGCAGCAGCUUGAGCACGUCAUGUUCCGCAUGGGCAUGCUGGCAGCGCUCAGGUCCAGGGCCAUGGGAGCUACUAUUGGUGUUAUGGUUACAGCAUCUCACAAUCCUGAAGAAGAUAAUGGUGUGAAGUUGGUUGAUCCUCUCGGUGAAAUGCUGCACCCAUCCUGGGAGGAAUACGCUACACAGCUAGCAAAUGCAGAGGACCAAGAUUUACAGAAAAUAGUAACUGAGAUCUGCCAAAAAGCAGCAGUGAACCAGCAAAAAGAUGCGUCAGUUUUUAUUGGUAGAGACACCAGACCAAGCAGCAAGGAACUUUCACAGGCAGUAAUAGAUGGUAUCUCCGUUCUGGGUGGUCAGUACCAUGAUUACGGUCUGGUGACCACACCACAGCUGCAUUACAUGGUCUGCUGCCAAAAUACCCAGGGGCAGUAUGGGAAACCAACGCUGGAAGGUUAUUACCAAAAGUUAUCCAAAGCUUUUACGGAACUGAUAAAAAAGUCUCUCAGCUCUGGAGAAGCUCAGAGGCAACUGAAGGUUGACUGUGCCAAUGGCAUAGGAGCCCUGAAACUGGCAGAGAUGGAGACCUACUUUCCAAAGGAGGUACAAAUUCAGGUAUAUAAUGAUGGAACGAAGGAGAAGCUCAAUCACCUCUGUGGUGCAGAUUUUGUAAAGGUUCAUCAGAAGCCACCUAGAGGGCUAGAUAUGAAGCCUAAUGAGAGCUGCUGCUCAUUCGAUGGUGAUGCAGAUAGAAUUGUUUAUUACUACAAGGACACAGCUGGGCACUUUCACCUAAUCGAUGGAGAUAAAAUAGCAACUUUAAUUAGUAUCUUCCUUAAAGAACUUCUUGCCAAGAUGGGACAGACUUUGAAGAUGGCAGUGGUACAAACAGCAUAUGCCAAUGGGAGUUCAACGCGCUACCUGGAGGAGACGGUGCAGGUACCCGUUCACUGUGUCAAAACAGGAGUGAAACACUUGCAUCACAAGGCCCAGGAGUUUGAUGUUGGAAUUUAUUUUGAGGCAAAUGGACAUGGCACAGUACUCUUCAGUAAAGCUGCUGAAACCACAAUCAGACAACUGGCAAACGAGGAGAAAGAUGAUGCAAAAAGAGAAGCAGCGAAGGUGCUUGAGAACAUGAUUGACCUGAUUAAUCAGACAGUUGGUGAUGCCAUCUCAGACAUGUUGGUUAUCGAAGCAAUCCUGGCUCUGAAAGGUCUGACUCUGCAGCAGUGGGAUGCCCUCUACACUGACUUCCCGAGUCGGCUGCUCAAAGUUCAGGUUGCAGACAGACAAGUUAUUGACACAACAGAUGCAGAAAGACGUGCUGUUACACCUCCAGGGCUACAGGAGAAAAUUGAUGCUCUGGUAAAGAAGUACAAGCUGUCACGAGCAUUCGUCCGUCCAUCAGGAACAGAAGAUGUUGUUAGGGUCUAUGCUGAAGCAGACACGCAGGAGAAUGCUGAUGCCCUUGCCCAUGAAGUAAGCCUGGCUGUUUACCACCUUGCUGGUGGAAAAGGAGCACCGCCCCAACCUAUUUAACAACUGAAGUUCACAACUGGACUUAUUUUUAAUGCUACUUUCUUUACUCUGUACUAGUGUGGAUGUAUUGAAACCUUCUUGAUUGUAGCAAGGAUUAAUCAGAACUUAGCAGAAUACUACUUCACUUAUUUCUUACCUUGGUUGGCAACUUACCUCUUAAUAAGAUGUUCUUGCUGCAACGUGUUCUCCUCCUCUCCAAGUCUGACUAACUGCUGAAAAGGAAUGGAGUUAAAGGUGCCUUGCAAAUCAUUUUUUUUUAGCAGCUCACGGCCUUUUUGGGGCCACAGUCUUCUAAGACUAAGGAGCCAUCUCUUGUACUGGCAGCAUUCUGGUUAGCAGCUUUUCCCAGACAGUGCGCAGGGAAGAUGAACCCUGCAGCCUGGGCCAGAGUAGACACCCACAGCAGCCGAACCUCUCUGAAGCAGACAACAUGAGGGAGCAGCAGGCCCUGGACUUGAGAGUCAGUUGAGCUCCAUGCAGGGACAUGGACAUGAUGAGAGAGCACUUGCAAAUAAUACAAAGUAUUAUUGCGGUAAUAUCUUAAUUUCAUUAAAACAAUCUAAUUAAUUAACAGAUGGCUAAAAAAAAGCCACUUGAUCAUUUUUAA